GAGCUCGGCACCCUGGGAUUUGAAUGUACCCUUGAAGAAGUUGAUCUUGAAGAUAUCACUAAGAACCAAAUGAACACAAUAAAAGCCUGCACAUCUGAGGAUCCAGGGACUGGAAACUGUCCAGUGCUGGAAAGACCUACUUUUGAUAUGAGUAAAUGCCUGCAGGGCAUCUAUAAGGAUCUGAAUGCCUACAGGGCAGAGCUGAAGAACUUCAACGAUCAGAAAGUGCUGGCAACUAUUGAUGAAAUGAUGAAAGCCCUGAAGACCAGCAGCGGGAGUGCACCACAGCCAUCAGCAGGCAUAGGGCUCGCCUCCUUCAAAGAGAGGAUGAGGCUCUGCAGCAUCCUUCAUGCCUUCCACAUCCGCACAGUCACGAUCGACAGGAUGAUGAACUACCUGACCUCUCUGGAGAGCUCGCUGUAA